GUGUUGGCACCACAGUCUCCUCCAGUAGACAGCAUUCCCGGGUCCCACACGGACUGUCUCUGGCUCAGUUUUUGUUUGUUUGUUUUUUUCUCCCCGGGAAAAUGUCGCAGUAAAGUUUCUCCAAAUGCGCCUUGGCACCGUGUCCGCGUCUCCCGGCGGCCUGAAGUGGAAAUGUUCGCCGAAAUCUCACUGUAUGGACUGGUUUUCGUGUGUCUAACAGUCUCCCCGCGAACACUCGCCGAGAAGGAGCCCGAGGAUGGUUGUGGCCAUUCAGAUCUGGGUCCACACAGUGGUCUCCUGUCCUCGAGGAACUAUCCGGACGAGUACCCCAACAGCUCGUUGUGUGAGUGGAAAAUCCGCGUCGACAGCAGCCUCAGGAUCGUGAUAAAGUUCGAAGAGGUCUCCGUCGACUUAGUGGACUGUGAGACUGAUUACUUGAAGCUCUUGAAGGAGAACCUUGGGAUGAGAUCUGUGUACUGGCAGUAUUGCGGCGAGUCGAGAUCUCUCCCCACGUUGACCAAUCGGCGGCUCUACACAGACGCCAGCGAGCUCACGGUGAGCCUCCGCUCCAGCCCUCACUCUCCCAGCAGAGGCUUCCGGCUUUCCUACACCACCGUGAACCACACGGAGCUGCUGACGUGCACAAACAAAGGCAGCCAUUUCUCCUCUUCACGCUACAGGAAGUUGUGUCCUGCCGGAUGUGGAGCAGCGGAGGGAGACGUGGCUGGAGACGUUUCUCAGGGCUAUAGACACACAUCAGUUCUGUGUAAAGCUGCGGUCCAUGCAGGAAUCUUUCCAGACCAGCUGGGAGGAGAGAUCACCGUGGAGGAGCAGCGCGGGCUUCGCUACUACGAGUCAGUCCGAGCCAACGGCAUUCAGUCCAAAACCGGCUCUUUGUCUGAAACUCUCUUCACAUUCGUCACCAACGACUGCACCAGACAGAUGGUACUUCAGCCUGUAUCUGUUAACUCUUCGUGGGAAAAAGACAGAUUCGAUGGGACUCGGAGCAACUGGUCCCCAGCACCUACAGGAACCGGGGACAGUGAAUCUGAUGGUAAACCUUGGCUCCAGCUGGACCUGGGAGAAAAGAGGAGGAUCACAGGGAUUUUAACCAAAGGUUCAGAUUACGGUAACUUUGUGAAAAGCUACAAGAUCAUGUACAAGAUCAAGGAGAAAAGCCGCUGGCGCGCGUACACACACACAGAGUACAACAGCUCUGAAGAUGUGAUAUUUGAAGGGAACCUGGACAACCUCUACCAGACACGCAACACGUUCCACCCCUCUUUCGCCGCUCGUUACAUCCGUGUCGUUCCCCUGGAGUGGCACCGCGGGAUCGGUCUGAGCGUGGAGCUCCUGGGCUGCUCGUAUGUCAGAGAACUUCCAGUGUUCUCGGUAGUUAACGUCACGUCUCAGGUGACGCAGGAGGUUUUGUCCAGCCAACCCAACCCUCAGGAUGACAGCGAAGUCCCCGAGCACCUGCCUCAGCCUGAUCUGGUGAAGCUGGUCGUCAUCGUCGUGUCUGCGGCGGCGUGUGUGGCGGUGGUGCUCGUGUCCGGGAUCUGCGCCUUUAAACUGCUGCAGAAGAAGAAGAAUAAAGAGAACAUGUACGACUCUGCAGAUCAUCCACAGGUCGCAACAGGUUGCUGGAAGCAGGUGAAACAUCCGUCUGCCAGGCAGCAGUCCACCGAGUUCACCUUCAGCUACAGCUCAGAGAAAGACCACCUCCCGAAAAUGGACCUGGUCACCAGCGACAUGGCAGACUAUCAGCAGCCACUGAUGCUUGGCGUUGGCACCGUGUCCAGGAAAGGCUCCACCUUCAGGCCCAUAGACUCCGAAGCCAAAGACAACACCAACGAGGCCACGUCUCAUUACGACUUCCCGCCCACGGCCAAUCAGUACGCUCUCCCUCUGACCAAUCAGGAGCCGGAGUACGCCACGCCCAUCAUCGAGCGCCACACCUUCCGAAAGGACGUCUUUGUUCCGGAUCCCAGCUACAGCGUCCCCGGCGUUGUCCUCAGUAAGAGUUCCUCGUUUAAAGCGACGGACAACAGCAACUAUAGGAAAGUGGCGGGAGGAAACGUUUCCGCGGAAUACCAGACGCCGCAGGCCAAACGGGACAGACCGAACCACGCGGACAGGGCCAAACCCGGGAGACCAAACAACUCGGAAGGGGUCUACGACAGCCCUAAGGGCAAGAACCCUGCAGGUUUGCAGAACGGAGGUAGUUCGGAGUAUCAGAGACCUCAGGCACAGGGGUACUUGGCACCUCGGGACUGCGUUCGGCUCGACGCCUCGGUCCCACAUCGACCCGACCCUGAGGGAUGCAGCCUGAGUGGAACCUGAACACGAGCUAACAAACAGACUCGUUUCAUGUGAUGUCACAAAAUUGCAAAAAAAAAUUCUAAUCUCCGGGACCUUCUUAUAACUUAUUUUUCUACCAGAAUGGAGAUACGGUUUUAUUUUUGUAGAUAUGUGCAGACAAAGAUGGCCGUCUCGGUGAGCAUGUGGAAUUGCUCAUCCUCUUAGUGUGUUUUUGUUUUUUUUAAACUGUUGUGCAAACUGGAAAUAUUUUCUUUUAAGAGUUUUGUUUUAUUAUUUUUUUUUAAGGAACAGGGUUGCUGAUGAUUUCACCUCUCUCUCUCUCUCUCUCUCUCUCUCUCUCUGAGCGAUGUGAAAUUGUGUAUAACGUACAUGUAAGUCAUAUUGAAGAUGACCAGUAUGUUUGUAUGUAUGCAGCUCUUGAGUUUUGAAAAGGUGCCGUAACUUAAAUUUUUUUGUACAUUUUUAUUCAUUUAAAUCGUCGAACUGCUCCGAGCUGGACGGGUCUCUCCUCAGCUUCCUGUUUCGAGGAGACACUUCUUCUUCUUCUUCACCCGUCCCUCUGAGCCAUGUGCAGUGGUACUGUUGUGUCAGUGUGACUUUUUUUUCACGGAGUUGUACAUAAUUCCCUGUACAGAUUUGAAAUGUAUAUCGUUAUACGCGGAAAGAGGAACGAAAAGUUUAUUUAAAACACCCGCAAAAAGCUGCUGGUGAGCAUCGAUGCUGCUGCAUAUUAAAGAGACAUUAAAGAGA